AUGCCUCUACGAAAAGCCAUCAAGUCCGUGGCUCGACCGGCUUGUCUCGAAGCGCAGUGCACGCAUAUCACAAUGACACGCGUAUAUGGGGCAACACAACUCUGCAACGCUUGCCACCGACCAGGGAGCUUCGGCUGGGUAUACCAGUGCACCCAGGACAAGGAGGGCAUCAUUGACGACGCCCUCGCCCAAGGAGAUCUUAACUGCUCUGAUAAAGUUGGUCUCUCCCUGGUUGCGGAGAUAAAUGCCCGACGGACCAGUAUCCCCGACUGCCACGACAAGUUUAGCUUUCUUGACCAAAUCAGCCACGAACAGAUGGCACGUUACCGCCCCGAUCAAAUUGCCACGCUGUUGCGGCAAAGAGAAAAGGUCCAAGCCAUGAUCCAACGGGACCGCAUGACCCAAAACGGCACCUCGCUCUUUGCCCACGACGGCCUCUUUGACCUCACAGAGCCCCUACCCAAUCCAUACGAGUACCGGAAGCUCCUCGACGCCAUCGCCAAGGACCACGUCCCGCCCUCCGCCGCCACCGGCUUCGGCUUUCAGGCCAUUUCCGGGCGCCCAGUGACGGACGCACGCCUUGUGAAAGCCAUCGGUCAACGUUCGGUCCCCAAUUCCACACCCGACAGCUCGCCGCGCCUCUCGUGGCUCAAUUCGAGCCUCAGCCUCAUGGACCUUCUGGAACGGCAGAUUGCCUGCGGUGGCCGUCCACCGAUAGCCAAAGAUAGCCCGGUCCACGACGCGCCCUGCUCCGUCACUGAGCCACCCCCGUGCCCAGGGACGCUGACGCGCUCGCCUCCGUGUAACAACUUGGAGGACAUUUCGCGGCUGAUGCCCAAAGAAAGCUCGUCAGUGUGCGUGGAGGCGGAGCCGACGUUUCAGUGCGAGAGCUCACCCAUUUUCGCCGUACGACCAACGCUCGCCGUACACACACGCGGUGACACGGAGUCGAGCUACACCACAAACCUGAGACUCGGUGCGGGCAGUGGCUUCGAGCGCGGCAUUUCCGACAUGAUCACGGCAGCCUAG